AUGUCAUCCCAGCCCAUGGACCCCAUCGCCUUGGAUAUCACUUCUCAUUCAUUGGCCAUGACAGAAGUCCUGCUCUCUUAUGAUGUGUCGCUGGUUGUGAAGGACAACAUCACUCAUUUAAAGAUCGUCGAUCAACGUGAGACGGUGAAAGUUCCCCGAUUAUGCCUCGAUUCACUUCGCUUCCUCAUUCAUCAAUUGCACCUUUACCAAGAUGCUGCAAAGACGUUCAGAACGCUUCCAAAGUCACCCGAGGUCGAUGAGACUUUGGACUUUUACCUAUCGCUCGUCAGAUAUUGCUCGAUGAUCAUCACUGCGUUCCAUCGCGAAGCAAAAGUUGAUCGGUCGAGCUUCACACCAAAGUGGCGGUCGGCACAUCUCGACUAUUACAUUGCUAUGUUGGUAUAUGACAGUGCAUUUACGGAGGAACGGCAGAUCGCUGCACUGGCAUCAAUGAAGCGAACUUGGAUUCAAUUCAAAGAGAAGAAGGCUUUCAAAACGGUCACUCAGAUGACUGCCAAACGAUUGCAUGAAACGCACUGUGUUGAUGGAAAGAACAUGUGUGGUGGACCCUUUUCACACAUACACUCAGUAGAUAUGGUCAUCGCUCAGUUGAUUGAAGACGUGACAUCAAGCGAUCCUGCAGCUCUGACGAAUGUGAAUACCACACAGAAGACUACUGACGUUGAAGACGAUGAUGAAUCCAUCAAAGCUGCGCCGAAAAAACGACGAGCUGUCAAGGCAACGACAGUGCCCUCUGCCACGUCAAAGAAAUCUCAGGAUGUAAUGCAGGUUGAUGUCGAAGCAGUCAAGAGUCCCAUUCAAAGCAAAAGGCCUGGAUUACGAUCUACAAAGAUGAAGAAUGAUGUAUCUCAGCAGAGCCCUGCGACCGUCCAGGGGAGUUCUAAGAUGCGAGAGUCGGAUGCCUUGCACACAGGAGACGAGGUUGGCGAGAGGUUCAUCUCACAUAUCACGUCUAAUACCUUCCAGCAGAGCACCGCCGAACAAAUUGCCAGUCGCUAUCAAGUCCAAGAUGAUGCGAAGAAGUCACAGAAGAAUCGGAAACCAGCUCGAAAAUCAAAGGCGGGGAAGGGGAAAAGCAAGGCUGCCCCAGUCAUCGUAGACUCUGACUCGGAUCCAAUCGAAACGUCUUCAAUGCAUGCUGAUGUACCGUCUAUCAUCAAUGCUGACAGUUCACAUUCAAUGCAAUCGGAUGCAGAGGGAGAAGAUGAUGGGAGGGGCUUACCUCCCGUUCGGGGCGACUGGGAAUGGUGGACUCAGGUCGCGUUUGAGGACGGCAACUCACACGUGUUCCUCAAGCUUGCAUCCUGGAUGCUCUUGCGUUUCCGCCAGCUGUCUCACGCCGACAUCGAUGACGAGGUCAAUGGAAUCGUCAUUCCCGGGAGUCCAAGAUUGAUGGAGUUCAAAAAUGAAGACGACUUCUUUGAAGCCCUGGGAAUGGAGCGGCUGUAUAGUGCAAUAGUCCACAUGGAUACCACAUCCCGAUUUCUAAGCCAUAUAUUCCACGCCCUUGGCAAGGUUAUCAGUGAGUCAGAUGUAGGCCAGAGCAACCCAACUAUGUGGCCAGCAAUGUCUCCUCCAGCCGUUGAAGAGAGCACGAUGUCUGCUAUUCAUUUUCCGUGGAAGGGAUUCAACAACAUGGGAGGAGAGGCUGAAGGGGCUACUGAGCCAGAUUCAAACGAUGAAGACGUGACGGAUGCAAUGAACUCCAUGCUGAUUGAUGACAAGCCUGCGCAUUCAGGUCAUGGCAGCAUGCUGAGUGCACACCCAUCGGCGAAGCGCAAGAGAUCGUCAUCCCAGGGGUCUCCACUGAAGAAGGAUGGUGGCCGUGGUCCUUCAAAGCGUCCCAAAGACGGGCAUGCAAGUAACGUCCAAUCACCAUCAAUUUCUCCAUCACCAAAUGAUUUGCGCGUGUCGGACAGCAUGUCGUCUGCGAAUAUGGAUACCAUCAGCGAGUUAAAUGUGGUCAUGGACACCAGGAGUCAACAGGACGAGCCAUCUACUAUUCCAGAGUAUGACGGCGAUGUUGCAAUUACGCCUGCGUCAGGUCCUACAAAUUCCCCCGAUAUCGCAGGACCGUCUCCAGCUGGCCUCACCGUGGCAUUACCAUCUCCGAUAGUCCUUGUCCGUCGCACCCCAUCGCCAGCGCCUGAACGCGUGUUGUGUACGCUCCCAGCAGAAUCAACAAACCCAGAGACUUCCGUAUCUACACCCAGUCUCUCUUUGGAACGUUCUGCUGCUUCCAUACCAUUAGCAGAGGUCGACGAUUGUUCCAUGACGAUUUCUAAACUUGAGGGUGACAAUGAUGAAUGGCUCACGAUGAUGACCCGCACACUCCCAAGUGACACAUAG